AAGAUAAAAUCAACAUAGCUCUGGCAAUUUCAAAAGUGCGGGGUUAACUUGUAGAUGAUAUAUUUUAUAUCCCUUACGCGGAACGAUUUUAUUUUUCGCUUCGCUUUUCACUGAUCCUGAUGUGUACACAGAAAAAGUCUUGAAAAUAAAAUAGAACCAACGACACCUUUGCUUUGUUGAAAAUGUAGAUCAAGACUCAGCGUCAUCAAUGUGUGGUACGCGGUUUACGGGUUGUGCUAUGUAGUAUGGAAUCUCCGGAAGAACGCCAAGAAAAUGAAAUACAAGCAUUAAAGGCUAUAUUUGUAGAGGAGCUUAAAGAUUUACGUCAUAAUGAUGCCUGGAAUAUUUGGCGCCCACUGGACAUAAUAAUAACACUGACUCCUCAGCAAGGAAGUUCUGGUCGCCAUGAAGUUCAUGCUCAAGUUGAUCUCCAUGUUAUUUGUUCGGAAAAUUAUCCCGAAGAUGUUCCUACACUUAUUCUGGAAAGAAGUAAAGGCUUAUCUGUUGCGGUGCUCCUUCAGUUGAAGACAGAACUGGAAAAUUUAGCCCAGAAAUUAAAAGGAGAAGUGAUGGUGUUCGAGUUGGCACAACAUGUCCAGAAAUUUUUGCAUUUACAUAAUAAACCAGCCUUUAAAUCGUUUUAUGAAGAAAUGGUAACUCGUCAGCAUGAACAGAGACAAAAUCAGCAGCUUGCACUCAAAAUGAAAGAAGAUCGCCAGAGACAAGAGCUUCAAGGGGAGAUAAUGCGAAGGCAGGAGGCUCUCCGAGAGGAACUGCGCCGUCAUCGACUACAGUCUCGCACUGUCAGUGCUGAAGGCACAAAAGAUGUGAAAUCUCCACCUGCUGUUCAAGGCACAGCAGUAGAACGAAUUAGAUCAUCUUCAUUUGGACGUAAUAGCUCUCUGUCUCGUAAGAGACAUCAUGAUGUAACUAUUUCGUGUAGGUGUAGCAGUACUUCAGAGAGCAGUGAUGGCUGCAUCUGUGAACAUCGGGGUUCAGUACUGAUGCAAUUCAAUAACCGUGGUGAGCGACAAGUACGUCGUGGUCGCUGCCUCGGUCAUGGAACAAGAGGAUGUGUGGUAUAUUCGGGAAUGGACAUGACUACAGGGGAACUACUGAUAAUCACUGAGUGGUGCCUGCGCUGCCAUCAGAACAAACAUACAAGACAUGCUUCACCAAGCGAUGAUUCAGAGCCAAGCGAAAUGACCAAUUACAUGAAGCAGGUUUCAAGCAUAGAACAGGAGUUAAAUUACCUGCACAAAUUGAGGCACCCCAAUUUAAUUCACUAUCUCAACAUGAAGUAUUCCCAGGAGAAAGACUGCCUCAUUAUUUAUGUGUUACAGGAGUUUGUGUAUGGGUGGAACUUAUCAUUAUACCUAACUGAGAAUCUUCCAGUUGAAGGUGACUUGUUGAGGCAUUUGUCCAAAGGUGUACUUGAAGCUCUUGCCUUUUUGCAUCAGAACAAUGUUGUUCACAAAGACCUCAGAGACACAAGUGUAUUCAUUGACAGGACAGGUUUGGUGCGUGUUGGUGACUAUAGUCUGGAUAAACGAUUAUCAGAAAUCUAUCAAUCUUCAGUAACUGAAAGAACUGAAAAUACCUUUCCCCCAUCAUUGGGACGUGGUGGCAAAAAAUCAGAUAUCUAUCGAUUUGGAAUUCUUAUUUUGUCACUACUUCGUGGGUGUAUAGUGACAGAUAUGCUACCAGAAAUACCUACAUGUACUCCAUCAGAUCUAAGAGACUUUCUAGAGAAAUGUUUUGCAAAGGAUGAACAUAUGCGUUGGAGUGCAGCACAGCUCCUGGAACACCAGUUUGUACGGAUUCCCAUUGAACGUCUUCCCAGUCCUUGUAAAAGUGCCGAUGACGCACAGCAACCUGAGGAUGAAACGUUUGAAGAGGAACCUGAUACUGAUAUUCACAUGAUAUUGCCAACCAAUCUCAAGGGGCAGUCCAGAAUCCAAAAUGAGUUUGAAGUGCUCAAGUGGCUGGGGAAAGGAGCAUUUGGUGAUGUACUGAAGGUUCGGAACAAAUUGGAUGGUGGUGUGUAUGCUAUCAAACGUAUUGAAUUGAAUCCCAAAAAUCGUCAGUUAAACCGUAAAAUCACUCGAGAAGUGAAGCUGCUGUCCAGAUUGAACCAUGAAAAUGUUGUGCGCUACUUUAAUUCCUGGAUUGAAAGUGCAACUAUUGAACAGCCAGCAACAACAGUUAGCAGUCGGACACCUUCACCUGCUGGAACCCAAUCGAGUCAGAGUAAAAUGAAGACCUUAUUGAUUCCUGACUUUGAACCACCACCUCUGAAAGAACUCAGUGUGGAGUGGAGCGUAUCAUAUGAAAGUCAUGCGAGUGGUAUCCUUGAUGGAAAUGUCAGUUCUGAAGAAAGCUCAGAAGAUGAAGAAUGGAUCAGUUUUUUACCAGAUUGCGACUCAUCUGAUGGAGUGGAAUUUGAAAGAGACACAUCUGUUGUUGAGCAGCAGUAUUCAUCUACAGCACCUUCUACAGAUCGCGAGGAAUCUGCCCCCGAGGAUCGCCUCCAAUCAGAACUUCGAGAGAUACAGUUCAUGUACAUACAGAUGGAGUUCUGUGAAAAAAGCACUCUCAGGACUGCCAUAGACAGUGGAUUAUAUGAAGAUCAAGAUCGAAUUUGGAGACUUUUUCGAGAGAUGGUUGAUGGCUUGGCACACAUCCACCAGCAGGGUAUGAUUCAUAGAGACCUCAAGCCUGUAAAUAUUUUUCUUGACUGCAAUGACCAUGUCAAGAUUGGUGACUUCGGGCUUGCUACAACCAACAUCUUGACAAGACCUGGAGCACUUGCACAUCUGGAGCCCAACAACAUAGUAUCUGACCAAAUGUCAUUUUCAAAUGAUCUUGGAGAUGGAUCAAUGACUGGUCAGGUUGGCACCGCACUAUACGUUUCCCCAGAAUUAGGGAGUGCAGGUGGCAAAGUAGUUUACAAUCAGAAGGUGGACAUCUAUAGCUUGGGCAUCAUUCUUUUUGAAAUGUGUUAUCAUCCACUAAAAACAGGGAUGGAGAGAGUGAAAGUGUUGGUAAAUUUGCGCAGCAAAGAUAUAAUUCUUCCAUCUGAUUUCAAUGAAGAAAAAAUGCCCAGACAGACGUAUAUAAUACGGUGGUUGCUCAACCAUGACCCUAGUCUUCGACCUACUUCCUUGGAAUUACUGCAGUCAGACUUCUUACCACCACCACAACUUGAAGAGGCAGAAUUGCAAGAAAUGGUGCGUCACACAUUAUCAAACCCACAGAGCAAGGCUUAUAAGUAUCUAGUGGCAUCAUGCUUCUCACAGGAAGUGACACCAGCUGAAGACCUCACUUAUGACAUGAAUUUACCGAAGCCAUCUCCUGCACUGCAAGAGUUUGCCAAGGAGACAGUGACUCGUGUAUUUCGUCGCCAUGGAGCUGUCUGUGUACCGACUCCUCUUCUAAUGCCACGUGAUAACUCUUUGCUUCCAGCAGACACAGGUGUACAGCUUAUGACACAUUCAGGAGGUGUUGUGUCUUUGCCUCACAAUCUCAGAGUUCCGUUUGCUCGUUAUGUUGCAUGGAAUGGAAUAUCAACCCUCAAGCGAUAUGCUAUUGACAGAGUAUAUCGAGAGAAGAAAGUUUUUGGCUUUCAUCCUAGAGAGCUUUACGAAUGUGCUGUGGAUAUUGUUACACCAAACCCAGGUACCAACACAGCCGAGGCUGAAUUGCUUGCAAUUGUAUGGGAGGUGGUGACAGAGUUCCCUAAUUUACGGGAUAAGAAUUGCUCAUUUCGUCUCAGUCAUACACUACUUCUGAAAGCAAUUCUUUUACAUUGUGGAAUUGAAGAAGAAAAGCAUGCAGAUGUUAGCAGUAUCUUGAGUGAAGCCAAGGAUGAGAAGUAUUCCAGAUUUCAGCUGCAGACUCGACUGAUCAGCCUGUGCCUUACCGACCAAGCUAUUGAUUCAUUGUUUGCAUUCAUUGAAUCAGAAUGCUCUAUCGAAAAACUGGCAAUGAAUUUCCGUAGCAUUACCCGAAGGAAAGGCGAAGCUGCUACCCUUGCAAAGCAAGCCAUUAGAGAACUUGAGAUGAUUGUUAGCCACACUGAAGCUCUUGGUGUAAAGUGUCCAAUUGUGGUAGCACCAGGCCUUGUUUUUACUGUGCCCCAGUACUCGGGAAUGACAUGUCAAUUUGUUUGUGAACUCAAGAAAAAACGUAGGAAAACUGGACUUGAUGUUAUUGCAGCUGGUGGGCGGUAUGAUGGCAUGCUUGCCAAGUUCAGGCAUACACUUGAGCUGACAGGAUUGGCAACACGCGGAAUGACUCAAUCAGCUGCUGGUGUAAGCAUCUCACUGGAUAAAAUAGUGUUAGCCUUGCAAGAGGCUCGAGCUGUCCUGUCUGGAGCAGCUAGUACAGUAGAUGUAGUUGUUUGCUCCCUAGGACAACGCUUCCUCUUCAAGCAGAAAGCUAGUAUUGCCAAAGAACUCUGGGCUCAUGGUGUGCAAACAUUGCUUCUUGAUACCAUGCAGACCCUGGAAGAGGUUCAAGAUUACUGCCGAGAGAUGUCUGUGCCCCACUUUAUAAUGCUAAAAGACUGUGAAGUGGAAUCAGUCAGAGUCCGAAGCUGGGAAAAAGACAGGUUCCAGGAACGUAAAGUGCAAUUAAAUGAAUUGGUAGACCUGAUGCUAAGGUUAACUGGUAAGGAACCUAGCACACCAAAUUCACGAGUUGAAGCGAAAAAUGAAUUUUUUACUCAAACAAAUCCAGGACCUCCAAGCAGUGGCCCUCUAGUUAAUUGCAAUUUUAACCUCACACUUGAUAAGUUAAAUGUCAGUCAACGGCGACGCCAUGAAGGGCUGAUGAAAGCAGCUCUGUCUCCUUUAUUAGCUCGUUUGUCACCUAAAGUUCGUGUUGAGGUCUUGGCACUUAACCUCGAUGCCAGUGUUAUUAGGACCUUGUCAGCAUAUGUGGAUGCUGAAUUUGACUUCCAGCAAUCAGUGACAGCAGUAAUUGAAAAGCAUCCCCGUCAUAAGAAGUACAUCAUAAGAAUCUGUGAAGAAAUAAUGGACUUGAGGAGUGGAAAGAAUAGUCCAGUCAUUGUUUUAUACAGUGUCGAAGAAAAUGUCAUUAGAAUGUUGAUGUAAGGUGAAAUAUGUUAUGAAAUGAAACUGCCAGCGAUGGUAAAAAAGUAAAUAUUUUGCUAAAUUAAUUUUCUUUACAUGGCAUUUUAGUUAUUGUGUUCACAGUUAACAUAUAUGUUAAAUGUUAGUGUUCAUGAAUGUUAUUUUUGCCUUCACAAAUUGAAAAGUUUCUGUUUGAGAGGAUACAAGACAAAAGCAAUUGUUUUGAGUUAAAAGGGUCUGUAAUGACCUUGCUGUACAAAGGCAGUGUUAAACGCUUGUCACUGUUUUGUGAUACAGGAUAUACAUGAACAGCCACCAAUCAUUGUUUUUCAGUUAUUCCUGUAUAUCCUGUACAACCUUUCAUAGUCUACUUAUUAUUUCUGUUUGAAAAUGUGAGCUACUUUUUGUUAUAAUUACUUCAGAAUUUUACACUGCCUUACUUAAUUAUUGUGUAAUAGUAUACUGAAUGCUUGCACAAUGUGAACUGUAGAAAAUUCAACUAAGCUAUGUUAGUUGAAUAGUUUGAUCAUAAUCAAUUUGCUCUCACUUCUUAUUUGAUAAGUAAGUUUGUGUUGUAUAAAAGCAGAUGAUUAUGUGACAAAUGUUUGUGUGUACAUUCUUCCAAGGCAAUAUUGAAAUACUGUUUUGCCCCCAUUUUGCAGUAAACUUUUAAUUAUUGAUGGAAGCAGAAUACAUUAAUAUAAGACUGGCCAAAGCCAGUGAUUCUUCAGAAAGAACAUCAGGAAUUUUAUUGCAGAAGUCCACUAGUUUACUCCUUUUCAUAAGUGAAUAUUGUGUAAUUUCAUUAUAGUCCCACUGGUCCUUCCCCUUUUCCUAAAAACAGUCUUGUUGUAUUUAAUCAGGCCUGUUUUGUUCUGUUGUUGAAUCAAGAUCUCUUGCUUUCAGUAUACAAUGGUAACAAUUUUCUAUCUCUGUUUCAUAUUUGGCAGUUAAGUUUUUUGUAUAUGUAGUGAUCUGAAGUCCUUUGAUAAUGGCUAUUAUAUUGUUAUUUUCUCUGAUGAAGGCUAUCUGAAGAUUUUUCACGUGCUUCAUUAAAAAAAAAUGGGUGGGGGCAGCACCAUAAUACAUGUGUCAUCUGGUGUUUUAUUUUAUUUUAAAAAAAAAAAGAUGUGGAGCCCCUCCAUGCCCACACUGGCAUGAUGGCCAAUUUGAAAGGUCUACUGCUUUCUCUGUGUAAGGGUUAGUAUUCACUAAAGUGAUGUGUCGCAGGAUGUGGGUACUGCGAUAUUUGUGUACGUCUGGUUAAGAUUAACCAUUUACAUGCGCUCAUCUGAAGAUAGACUAGGUCGAAAGUCAAACGAAGGGCAGCAGUUUGAAGGGCAGAGGGAAAACAGUGCGAAGGCAAGCGCCAAGGGAAGAAAACCUCAGCAAUAGUUAGGUCAGGUAGUAAGAGCAGUAGCGGAUGUCUUACUGACUGCAAUAGGUCAUGGAAGUUAAGUUAGAGGCGGGUAUCAUGCAAGCGGAUACCGUGUCAAGCCAUAUGUUCAUCGUAAGAGAUCAGUCUGUGACAAUGCUGCAGCACGGUGCGCUGCAGUUUAGGCUUUGAGAGCUCCCUGCCGCACUGCAUCAGUGGUGGGUGAGCAUUGAAGCCAAGCGCUUGGAGAUGUGCGGUUGUGUAGCGGCACCUCUCCUCACUCGUUGACUGUGCUGACAGGCCCAGUGAGGGUUGCGGUUGAGUUUCUGAGUGUUGCGGACAACGUAGCCCAAGCCAUUGAGCAUCCUGAUCACUCUGGUAGUCCACUCGUUGGAGCAGAGCUGCUCUGAACUGACGGGCUUCGGUGUUCCUGCGGCGGCAUCUGUGUUCUUCUUCAGCGUGUCCGUCGCACUGUGGUUUUCCGCCGGCUGCAUAAGGGAAGCAGUGGCAGGUGUCUUCUCUUCACCUGUGGCGUCUGCACAGAUGUUGUGCACCAGCUGUGAGCACAAUUGCCGCAGCUGGCUGCAAGCCUCCUCCAUCUCUGCAGACAGGGUGGCCUUAAAAGCUGCCCUGUCUGCGUCCGUGGUGGCUUUGAAGGCCGCAGUCGCCUCCUCCGCCGGUGCACUUUACACAGUGUGGCGAGUUGUGGCAAUAUUUAGCCACAUGCCCUUCAGCUUGGCACCUGAAGCACUGUGGCUUAGGGUCCUUGUCUAGGUGGAGAGCUUCGAUGGUCACAAGAAAGGCUAAGAACUUCCUCAUCCCAAAGAUGUCACUGCCAUCCGUCACAUUUUCCACUACGACGAUGUACAGGGGCAGCAUCUUCUUAUUUAUCCGGUUGUGCAGCUUAGUAGUUGCACCCUGGAAUCCAGCACAUGACAUUCUCUUGGACCGUCUUCUCAUCACAUAUCCAAGGCAGCCCCCAAUCAGGGCCUUGCAGUGCUUCUCAUGCUGUUUUGGUGCAGUCCUCUUCUCCACAGUAGGUGGAUCAACAAUGUGGGCGGCCACAGCACUCUUAAGUGCGCAUUGUUCGGCCACGCUCGCUGCCUGCAGCUGGACAGUGGCGUCUGAGUCCAGGAACUCUACGCCUACUUCUUCCCUGCAGCAGUUGGCUAUGAUAUCACACAUCACUGCCCAUGACCCUAAUACUGCACCAAAUGUACAGAGGAGGGUGGGACAGGUGUAUGACAUUUGUCGCACGUCUGUUCUGCAUUCCUGGUGGGUUGCAGUGUCAAAGGCUUCUUCUCUGUAUCUGCCUUCUUCUUCUGCCCAUUCUGUGACGCAAAGACACAACAAUUUUGCUGUGUCAUAAUAACGACGCACGACAAUUUGCUUAGCAUCGCACCACAGUCCAAGCACAGCUUCACAGCUCUUCUUCUGGCCAAGCACAGGUAACUCACUUCACCAGUGAUGUACGCCCUCUGCUGCUCAAGUGCAACUUGUGUCAUCUGGUAAACACUGACUAACUUACAUCCUUACCAAUUUUAUGCAUUACAUACCUGUUUUGGACGAAAAAAGAUGAUCUCAUUGAAACAAAAUUUUGAAGAGAGAGAGAGAGAGAGAGAGAGAGAGAGAGAGAGAGAGAGAGAGUAUGUACACUAAAACCGGGUGGACUCCAUAUGGCACUACAUUGAAAAUAAGUGUAAUGACUGUUUUUAUUAUCGGUCCAUCUUAUUUAAGGUGAAACAGAGCAAGUGAGACCAUAAAUUGCUGCACUGGUUGGACUUAAACAAUAACAAAUCUUUUACUUUUGUCAAUUAUAUUAUCAGUUUACAGAAGAAAGAAUUUUUUUUCUUAGCUUACUUAAAAAGACAUCAAAACUACUGGGCUCAUGAUAUUCCUUUCCAAGUUCCAUGUUAAUGCUAAGUAUAUGCAUUUAUGGGCAACAGGGGUGAAGUGCAAGGGCCACUCUUUUUUAAUACCGUGGUUCUGGAAUCUGUCCAAUAUCAUUAUUAGGUAUUUAUUAUGAAUAUUUUGUUAAAAGAGUGAUAAAUGAAAUUGAAUUGUUAAUGAAAAAUUGUCACUCAUUAUCUAAAAGUACAACAUUGCAAGAAUUAAUUUUAUUGCAGACAGUCAGUUUAUGUACAUUAAUACAUUGUUAACUCAGUAUUGUAACUAAUGAAUGAUGUGAAAAGAUAAUUGAAAGGUUUGCUACAAGAAAAGGAGAUAGCUCCAGUUUUCCAAAUUUUCGAUGUAUUGAAAGAAAUGUUUUUAAAAAUCAGAAUUCUUAUUGUGUGAAAAAUAGUCUUUCAGAUAAAGUUCUAUAAUGCUUCUAACCUGUUAUGACAGCCUAUUCACUGUAAAAUAUAUUUCUCAGAUCAUGUGAUGUAUCUCAUCGUUGGAUGAGAUUUCUUGUCACAAAAUAGAUCUUCAGUCUACUUUUAGGAAAUAGAUUUCAUAAUAAGUAAAUUUUAUAUGCCAUGGCACUACGCAAAUGCCGUUUAACAAAUUUGUUCCUUUUUAUCUCCAAGGGGAACAGAAUGCCCAUUUUCACUCUUCUUUGUUAAAACUUGUUGAUUCUUAUGAGUCCUCAUAAUUAGCAUCUUGUGCUCACUUUUUACGUAUCUUAUUAAAAGAAUCUAGUAGGCACACUUUUCCAUGAGUAGUAGGUUUACUGAAACACACAAUCAUAGUCAGUAACUCAAUGUAAUUUAUUUUUUCUGCAUACAUGUUUGUAUGCCCACACAAUCAUAGCCAGCAAUUUGAAGUAAUUUAUCUUCUCUAUGUACAUUUUUGUAUGUCUUUCAUUCAGUCAUCUAUCAUUUCCUUACAUUUCAUAGCCAUUCAAAAAGUUCCAAAAAAUUCACCUUUUUCUAAACAGGAAUACAAUUAGUAUUUACACUAGCUUUGUUAGAAGUGAUUUCUUCUUCAUUAGCAGUUUCAUAUAGAUUAUUACAACCAGAAAUACACACUCAUCUCUUGGGAAUUACUCAUUAUUCUUACAAUAAUAUGCAGUAUUUAAUUUAUUAGAACUACUACUGUGAGACACAACUGAAAAACAUGUGAUAACACCAUUUCUGUAAACAGAUCACAUUUGUUGUCUAAUGCAACAAAGAAAACAAGCCAGCAAGACUGGCAGUCAUCCCUCCCCUCCCUCUCCCCUGUCUUGAUGAAUAGGGAACAAAGGGCUGGAGCUACACCCUUCUUGGAUACAACGAAAGGCCUUUUCUCUCUCUCUCCCUUCACCCCCCUCCCCCAAAGUUUUUGCAAGUAACUCCAAACUCAAUCAGGGUUAAGGGUUAAGCUAUCUACAUUUUGUAGCAAACCCUUCAAUAUAUCCAUGGCUUCAAAUUUCUGGAAAAGGUAAACACAUUUACCCAUCUUCCCAUUCCAUGUAACAAAUAUCAUUGUCCUCUGAUCAUGUAUAGAUGAAGGAGAACAAGUUUGAAUUUUUCUUGCAGAUUUCAUUGUUUCAGUAUUCCUCUUUACUUCAGCCAAAAUUCUGUCCACUAAGAAAUUUUUUUGUCUUUUUAGAUGAAAAUCUAUCAGUGUCCUCUAUACAGAAUUCAGCAUCUGAAAGUGCUUAUUGUAAUAACUUGUAAUAAUUCCUUGAAAUAUGCUCUUCCUUUUCUUUACUUUUACUGUUAUAACUGGACCAUAGUUGUAGUUUGUUUUCCAAAGACAGAAUAGGGCCAGGAUAAGUGUGCAUUAUGGUAUGCUUUUCCCCCAGAACACACAGGAUGCACUACCCCAGUAAGAAAUAAUCAUGGGGUAAGUGUUUGCCAUGAAACUAAUGAGACUAAAUCAUACAAAAGAAUAAUCAUUUGGCUCUUUCAGAUUAGGAAUGAUGAUGAAUAAUAUUGCAAACAAUAUAAUCAUAAUAUGAUAGUAGAUUCCUUCGUAAUCAGAGUUCAAAAACAUACCGUACUCUCUAAAUUAAAGCUUUCACAGUUCUGUCAUAGAUAAUGAAAUAUCUGCUAAGAUGAAUGUAGAGAUAGCUUCGAUCUAAUGGUGGACAGAAGUACUGAGUAAUAUUUCACUUUUCACAACAGUGAGCUGCAGUGUACGGUUGACAGCCAAAGAAUGUCAUGUCGAGUACACUUACACUUGCACCACUUCACUCAAUUGAAAGCCAAGGUGUAUAGUGAUAGACUGGAACAAAACCUUGUUCCAGGGUGUUCAGCUUGGUUUAUUCUAUGAGUUACUGCCUUCAGUGAAAACCCCAAUACCACUGUCACAGUUUCUAAUUUUUCCUCUACAGCUGAUUGCCUCAGCUUAUGGUGUCUAAAUGAUCAUGUAUCAUCAAGUGAAAUAGUAGUUGUAUUUUACUAUUACAGUACUGCAUAAAUCAUAGGAAAACAUCUGACAACUCACUUAAACAGACACACCAAAUUGUCAUAAAACUCUUCUUUCACACAAAUGUUCAAAGGGUUAAUGACAGAUUUCAUUUAAAAAAUUACAAUAAAAUAUGUCUGAGUAAUCCUUUUAUAGAAAAUUGAUUUUAUCUCAACAGUAUCUCAGUUUCAUUUGGAAAGUGAUGCAAGCGAAGAAUAUCAAAGACGCUUGCAUUUAUAUAUUAGUCAGUACAUCUCACUCACAUUGCCUUUACACUGUCAGGUAGUAUAAAAGCCUGAUCUCUCACAUUUUUUGUUGUUAAGGUAUUGGUAGGAAAUAUCUCCUGCAAUUUUUAUUCUCUACCACAGAUCUUGUUUGCUAUGCCCAAACCACCUCUGCUUGUCUUUUUUUCUUACCUCCAACUAAACAUUGAAUUUGUAGUAUAUCUCUGUUUCUUUUAACGUGUCUAGACAAACAUAUUUCUUUAUAUUAUUUCAUCAUACCAGCCUUUUCUUUCAUGCCAGUCAACGUCAUUUCACACUCCUCUGUUUUACUGUCUUUUUCACAAGCCUAUACCUGUACUGUAUGUUGCACUAUAUGUUGUGCUGUGAUGUAAUUCUUAGAUAUGUAUUACCUUUUUGUAAUAUUUUCAUGCUUUACAGGAAUCUUCCAAUAUUCUGCUACAAUCAUUGAAAUAUUUGUUAUCUUGUAGUAAAGUGCUAACAAAUUAUUUGAGAUUUCCCCAGUUUGUUGAGGUGGUGUACCUAAUAUAAAACCGGCUCCUUCAGCUCUCCUUUUCACAGUCAGUACAUAUCUUUGUACUUUUCCUGGUCAGUACAUAUCUUUGUCUAUGCACUAGUUUAAUGAAUAGAAUUGUGAGGAAGGAAAGAUCAGUAUUGAACUGAGUGAUUGAUUGUCCCAUACUCUUUUUUCAUAAGUGUGUAAUGGUAGGUGUAUGGUAAUGACAUCAGAAUACUGGGUACUGUACUGCAAACAAUAAUUAGAACACCAGUAUCUUUUACAAGUACAAUUACUGUCAACAAUACUUAUAUAACUGGCCAACACUCAAUUAACAGUGGAGUACAGUGUGCCUUUAUCAUCACUUUUAUAUUUUUGCAGUUCUUCCUAUUCGAAGGAGUAUAAGUGCUACUUAACUAAUAUUGUGCAUUAUGUGAAAAAAGAAAGAGAUGUAAUUUUGUUAAAAGUAUUGUAGUUUUUAGUUGAUGAACUUUGUAAACUGUAAAAUUUUCUACUGCAGUUUUCAAUUAUGAUCUUUCAUGAAAUGUUCAAAUACAUAUAUUGCCUGUAAAGGUACUAUGAUGUCUUUACAAAUUUUUCUACAUUGUUGUAACAGUGCCAGCAAUUGAAUUAAUUUCAAAUGUCAAUCAUAAUUUAUGUACUUCUCCAGCAUUUCAUGCAUCACGCAAACUGGAUCUAAUUGCUGUAAUCUAACAUAAAAGCUGUAAUUUCUUGUAAGUUUCAUGUAUGUGUUGUAUCUGCUCAUAAAGCAUUUAUUUAUCUUUGUUACACAA